GGAGAGCAGGCUCUGAUGAGAGCGAGAAUGCUCAGGAUGCCCAGCUGCCUGCCAAAACUGACCAGGGUGGCUCUGUUUAUCAUCGCAUUUAAGCUCAUGUGCUUUGCCUCCAUCGUGUUCUACUGGAGAAUCAUGGAGGACUCUAAGGGCAGGAGCCAGUACUAUGGCUUGCCUGUUGAAAUCCACUGUGCUCACUCUGUGCCUUCUCCUCCCUACACCAUUGCUGGUGGACCCUCUCCUUCCCCAGGGAACGUGUUUUUUGUGGAGACCUCCGAGCGAAUUGACCCAAGUUACCUCUUCUUGUGCUCUGUGGAAUCAGCAGCCAGGACGCACCCUGGGACAAGGGUUGUGGUGCUUAUGAAAGGCUUGGCAAAUGGUAACGCCUCGUUACCCAAGCACUGGGGCUUCUCAUUGCUGAGCUGUUUCCCCAACGUGGAAAUCCGUCCCCUGGACUUGCUGGAGCUUUUCUCUGGAACACCUCUGGCAAAGUGGUACUUACAGGCUCAGCAGCGCUGGGAGCCAUAUUUCUUACCCGUCCUGUCGGACGCCUGCAGAAUUGCCAUCAUGUGGAAAUUUGGUGGCAUCUAUCUGGACACGGACUUCAUUGUGCUUAAGAACUUAAAGAACCUCACCAAUGUGCUUGGUACCCAGUCCAAGUAUGUACUGAAUGGUGCCUUUCUGUCCUUCAAACCCAAACACAAGUUCAUAGAGCUUUGCAUGCAGGACUUUGUGGAGAACUACAACAGCUGGAUCUGGGGGCACCAGGGCCCACAGCUACUGACGCGUGUCUUCAAGAAGUGGUGCUCCAUCAGGAGUCUUCGGAGCAGUACAAGCUGUAAAGGAGUGAGUGCUCUGCCCCGUGAAGCUUUUUAUCCCAUUCGGUGGCAGGACUGGAAGAAAUACUUCGAAGUGGUCAGCUCCUCAGAGCUUCACCAGCUCUUUAAUAACACCUAUGCAGUCCAUGUAUGGAACACAAAGAGCCAAGGGACAAGGCUAGAGAUCACAUCCCAGGUUUUGCUGGCUCAGCUGCAUUCUCACUUCUGCCCUGCCACAUAUGAUAUUAUGAAGAGAGACUCUGAACGGCAGUGA